AUGAAUAUUUUUUAUUCAAAAACACCCUACAGGAGCAGAGGCUUUUAUGUGAGGAUGCGGCUCUUGCACAACACUAGAUACAGCAGAAACCCAGAGAAGAGUUUUUGGUAUAGAUUUUUCAAAUGGAUUCUUUGGUUUUCUCUUGUAUUUUACUUCUUUUCGUCUUUCCUUAUUACCCACACCAAGCGCACCACCUUUAUUUCAAAAGCAACAGUUUCUCCUUCAAAAGUCAGUCGUGCUCUCAUUGAAGAAUCACCCGUCAAAUCUUCCACUCUCCAAGAACCCAAAAGUCCCCAAGGUUUAUUAAAGGGGAUGAAAGUGUAUAUCUACGAUAUGCCAUCGAAAUACAACAGUGACUGGUUGUCAAAUGAUCGGUGCAGCAACCACUUGUUUGCGUCGGAGGUGGCUAUUCACAGAGCCCUGAUGAAUAGCGAUGUAAGAACAUUGGACCCAUGGGAUGCCGACUUCUUCUUUGUUCCUGUUUACGUAUCUUGCAAUUUUAGCAAGGUCAAUGGCUUCCCAGAUAUUGGUCAUGCACGGCCUCUUCUAUUCUCCGCCGUUCAACGCAUUUCAACUCAGCUUCCGUUUUGGAACCGCAGCCGUGGCUCUGAUCAUAUUUUUGUUGCGUCCCAUGAUUUUGGUUCUUGUUUUCAUACCAUGGAGGAUGUGGCGAUGGCUGAUCGUGUGCCUGAAUUCUUGAGGAACUCCAUAAUAUUGCAAACUUUUGGAGUCAAAUAUAAGCACCCAUGUCAAGACGUGGAGAAUGUGGUAAUUCCACCGUAUGUUUCACCAGAAAAUGUACGGUCCACCCUGGAGAAGUCGCCGUUGAUGGGACGGCGUGAAAUUUUUGCUUUCUUUAGGGGCAAAAUGGAAGUCCACCCCAAAAAUAUCAGUGGUCGUUUUUAUAGCAAGCGGGUGCGGACGGAGAUAUGGCAGAAAUAUGGCAAUAACCGGAGGUUUUAUUUACGGAGACACAGAUUAGCUGGUUACCAGUCAGAGAUUGCUAAUUCAAUCUUUUGUUUGGCCCCAUUGGGGUGGGCUCCUUGGAGUCCUAGACUUGUAGAAUCGGUUGUUCUUGGAUGUGUCCCGGUCAUUAUAGCGGAUGGCAUCCGGUUACCCUUCCCCUCCGCUGUACCGUGGGCGGAGAUAUCUGUAACGGUGGCGGAGAAGGACGUGAAAAAAUUGGGAAAAAUCCUUGAACAUGUCGCAGCCACUAAUCUCACGGCGAUACAGAAAAACCUGUGGGACGCCAAAAUUAGGAGGGCUCUACUUUUCAACAAUCCAAUGGAAGAAGGCGACGCCACAUUCCAAGUUCUUGUGGCCCUAUCCGAGAAGUUAGACAGGACAAUGCCACAUAGGAUCGUGCAGCUGAGUUGGCCAGAGAUAGACCAGAUGCUAGCAUCUGUUGCAAUUGCUGGGGGACACAAUCUAAUGUUGUGCAUGUGA